GGAGAGGCAGACUCAAAAUAUGCAAGUAAUGAGAGAUACGCAAAAUGCAUGCAACCUUCUGAAGCUUCACAAUGAAGAUGAUCCUCCAGAAUCUACAGUUGAGCAACCAUCCACUUCUACAGAGAUUGCACAAACUUCUCAGCCAGCAACUUUAUCUGAAGCAGAUGUUUCUCCUCCACCUUACUGUAGUAUUUCUGGAGAAGCAGCUGUGACCUCAGAAACAGAAACACACAAUGAAUUUUACCCUGUACCACCUCCAUAUAGUGUAGCUACCUCUCUUCCUACUUAUGAUGAAGCAGAGAAAGCCAAAGCUGCAGCAAUGGCAGCUGCUGCAGCCGAAGCUGCACAAAGACACGGCCAGUUUAGGGAAUCUAGGAGUCUGUUUGAUGAAAUAUUCCUCAGUCCACCAGAGGAAGAAGAAUAUCCACCUCGGGAUGACUUCAGUGAUGCAGAUCAACUUAGAGUGGGCAAUGAUGGCAUCUUCAUGUUGGCAUUUUUCAUGGCAUUUAUUUUCAACUGGAUUGGAUUUUGUUUAUCCUUCUGUAUAACUAACACCAUAGCAGGAAGAUAUGGUGCAAUCUGUGGAUUUGGCCUAUCGCUGAUUAAAUGGAUUCUCAUUGUACGGUUCUCAGACUAUUUUACUGGAUAUUUCAAUGGACAGUACUGGCUUUGGUGGAUAUUUCUCGUACUUGGUCUUCUCCUGUUCUUCCGAGGGUUUGUCAAUUACCUUAAAGUCAGAAACAUGUCUGAAAGCAUGGCAGCUGCUCAUAGAACAAGAUUUUUCUUCUUGUAUUAGAGACUGCAUCAACCAGACAUUCCUUCCCUUUACCAAUGUGAAAUUUCCAGAUGAUCAGUAACCCUCCAAGUUAAUAGGAUAGAAGACUACUAAAAACAGAAGACAGAUUAGUGAAGAAAAAAAUACAGCUUCAAAAAUGAGUGACAGGAUGGUUUUUGUUUAAGUGCCAGUUCUGUUCAUUCUAGCAAAUAUUUAUAUUCAGUAUUGCCUUUAAUUAGCGCACAUACAAAUGUGCAAAAACAAAGGAUAAGAUUGAAAUGAGAACAAACCAUGCAUACAGUCGGGUGAUAGAUUAAGUACAGUCAGACAUGGUUAAUCUGUGCUUGUUGUUUGUGAAAGAUUUAAGUGAUAGUUAGUUUCAUAGAAUGUAUGUACCACUGUCUUGGUUAUCUGAAGUUAAAUUGAGAGUAAAAAUGGUAUAUACUAAAUGAUUCAGAUUAACCAGGUCUGACUUUGUUAGCUUUUUAUGUAAUUUAGGUUCAUCUAAUGAUUGUGCAACAUACAUAUUUCUUAUAAAAUUUACUAAAACUUGCAGUUCCUGAUUAUUAUAAGCCUGUAUUGAUGAACUUUUUAUCAAACUUUCUGACCAAAAUAUCAAUUGAUUUAAAAAUGAAACACCCCUUCUAGCUCCUGUGUAAAUAACUAUGCAUAGAUGACUGGUUAGAUUGCUUCUUAGGAAUUAUGUCAAAAUAUAUUUGUAACCACAAUAUUUUCUCAUUCACUGUAAAUUGUGUUUAAUCUUAAUAUGGACAAUGUAUAUAUACACUAUUUUUUUGCUAAUUUGAAUGUUCAAGUAUAAUUUUAUUUUAGAUAUAAUUCUAAAAGAGGGCAAAAGCCUUUAAAUGUCCAUCUGAAGAAUUAGUUUUCUCCUGGUAUGAUUUGAACAAUUUGAGCCUAAACCUGAAAACACAUACUUGUAUGGAUAGUCUUAUUGCUUGUGAGAGGAGCUCCAACCCUUUCAAGCAUUGGGCCAUCAGGGCAUCACUCUGCAUGUGUCCAACUGUAGUUGGACCUCUGCUUCUGCAUAGAUGCAAUUGCAGAUCAGUUCCUUGGUUUGUAACGAUCAUCUUACUUAAGAAGGUUUUAUGUAAGAGAGACACAAUUUGUUAUGUUGUAAUUUUCUCAAAAGGGCUUUUGUAGCUGUCUUACGAUGCUUCUUGAGAAUAAAUACUCCAGUGUUACAUUAGAAUGAAGCUGAUGAGUAAAUUUUAAUGUCACUUUUGAAAUGUCUUUUUUUCUUCAUGGGUGUUUUAUUUUUUUAGGCUGUACUGGCAAAAGUAAAACAAAGCUCUCUUGAUAGUAUUUACUUAAAAGUAACGGUAUUACUCCUUAAAAUAUAUCAUCUCUAGAAGGGCAGAUUCUCCUAUUCAUGUACAUACAUAACUCCUACUGUUUGUGAGAGUUAUGCUUCUACCACAAUGGGAGAAUAGCGCUCUUAAUUCUUUAAUACAACUGGAAUCUUACUUGCAAUCAGUAAUCAGUAUAUUUUACAUCUUUGAAAAACAUUUAUUUUUUUCUUCCUGUUCCUUUAUUUUAAUUAGAGCUUUGCUUGGUUUUAAUACCAACAUUAAAAGAAUGAGAUUUAUUGUCUUAAGUUAGUGUUAUAUUCAAUUUUGUAUCUAAUAACUGAAUUUUUUUUAAAAAGCAUAUUAACUGGUCACAUUCAUUAUUCUUAAUCUUGCAAAACUACUUAAAAGAAAAAUGAAUAUAGACUAACAUGUCAGGGGAAAACUCCCUAGCUUUUCUUGAAAAAAAAAUCAUUGUUUAAUAGUUUAUUUGCAUUUCCCCAUGAAUUUCAACUGUUUUUUUUUUUGCAUUCAUUGUCGUUAUGAAAAAAAGCAAAUAAAACAUUGUUUUGUUUUGCUAA